AUGAGGUUGUUAACGCAGACGACCUUCAGACUGAGUGAGGACAAGGAUGAUAAUGAGGAAAAUGAUCAAGAAGUAAAUCACCGAAAUAGAGCAAAAACGGUGACCAAGGUGGAGACUUUUACUGGCGAUAUCUUGGCUUCCCUGAAGAAGGAAAGGUCUCAGGUACCUAGAGGAACUGUCCGUUCACGGCGACAAGGCUUCUUUUCCAUGCAGAAUCCUGAAAUUGCAGACCAUAAUGGGAGCAACGUUGUGGCCAUCUUCAAAGUGGAAAACUCUGGCCUUGGGACAAAAAUCUACACAUCAGGUUCUGUAGAGGCAACUGCAGCAAGACAGGGAAGAGGCGAAAGAGAAGCCAAGCAUUUUAGACAUGGAAACUAA